AUGGCUGCUGCGAAGGCGGGUGUAGACGUGGAAACGAGGGACGGCGGCGGCGGCUCCUUCAGCGAGGAGAGGCUUGUUGAUAAGCUCAACAAGCUCAACAACACAGCGGCGAGCAUUCAGACACUUUCACAAUGGUGCAUUUUUCACCGCAAGAGGGCCAGAAGGGUUGUAGACACAUGGGAAAAGCAGUUCAGUAGUGCAACAGAGGAUAAGAAAAUAUCAUUCCUAUUUCUAUCAAAUGAUAUCUUGCAAAACAGUAAGCGCAAAGGAGGAGAUUAUGUGCAUGAGUUCUGGAGGGUUAUACCCAGAUCGUUGAAACAUGUCUCUGAAAAAUGGGGAGAAGAAGGAAUGAAACUAGUGGUGGCGAGACUAAUAGGAAUUUGGGAUGAACGUAAAGUUUUUGGAACCCGUAUUGAAAGUUUGAAAGACAGCAUUUUUGGUGACAACCCUCCUAUAUUCGAUAACAAUGGGAAUAAGAAUAAUUCAAAUCCUAGCUCUAAGCCCUUAAAUUCCAAAAUUGCAAGGAAGGAUUCCAGUACAGUACUAAAAAAACUGACUGUUGGUGGUAUGCCUGAAAAGAUUGUGACUGCAUACCAAGCUGUGCUUGAUCAACAUUUUGAUGAAGACACAGCUUUGAACAAAUGUAAGAGUACUGUUAGUGUUCUAGAAAAGAUAAAGAAAAAUAUAGACGAUGCUAGUGCCAAAGGUGAUCAGCCUGCCUCAACAAUGAUUUCUGAUCUUCAAGAACAGGAAACUAUCCUGAAGCAGUGCAUUUCACAACUUGAAAGUGUAGAUGUGGCGAGGAUAUCGCUGAUAAAUCAAUUAAAAGAAGCUCUCAUUGAACAGGAGUCAAAGUCAGAAAUUCUUCGCAUCCAGUUGCAAGUUGCUCGAGCAGAGGCUGAACAUGCCAUUCAACUUAGGCAAAGAUUUGAUGGUGCUGUUGUCGCAAAUGGCACAGGAUCUAGUUCUAGUCUGGUAAUGAUUACCCCAACAGAACAAACAGCUGCUAUGAUACAGGGUUCUGGAGUAAGGCAGAUGUCUCCCCAGUUACAGUCACUGAAUCCAGCAACCUCACUUGCCCCUACAGUCAGUGCAGUGGGAGAUGAGCCCAAGAGAACGGCAGCAGCAAUGGCAGAUAAGCUGGCAUCUUUGUCAGCACCUGUGCAGGUUCUGAGCUCCAUUUUAUCAUCUUUUGUUGCUGAACAUCGCGCUUCACUAUCUUCCAUGAAUAGUGGAUCGCCUUCUGGAGAACUCUCUGGAGGACUGCCGGGCUUCCAGAUUGAAAAGAGGCCUAGGCUUGAGAAAACCGCACAGGGCAGUGACAUGGGUGCUCCUCCCUUUUCUGUGCAAGUGCCACAGAUGCAACAACAGAUUGGAGCAGUGCCCACGCAACUACCAGCGCAGAUCAACCAAGUACCAGGUCCAUUUGCACCACCUCCACCGCCAUUUUUGCCACCACUUCUGCAACAAUUUGGUCAAAGUACUGGAGGAAUGAUGGGAAUGGGACCUUUCGGGAUGACGGCCGGCUCUAUGCCACCUCCGGCUCCAAUGUCCAACAUUAUGCCGGUAGGUUUUCCAGGACCAAGUGGUCCACCACCUCCACCUCGGCUUCCACCGGCUCAGAACCAACCCCAGCAGCAGCAGCAGUCUCCUCAGGCACCACAGCAAUCACCCACGUCAGCAGGAUUCUUCCAAUCAUCAGCAGGCAUGGGGUUCUUCCCACCAGUGCGGGUGCAACAGUCUCCGUCUGCCCAACGACAAUGA